AUGAAAGGUCAGGCGUCGAGUUCCUACAAAGGCGCUGUCAAGUUCAGGAUGCCAACAGCCCAGAAUUUAGUACCGAUUCGCUUGGACCUCGAUGUCGAUGGCCAAAAGUUCAAAGACACUUUCACUUGGAACCCAUCUGACCCUGACUCCGAGAUUGUGGUGUUUGCGAGAAGGACAGCAAAAGACCUGAAGCUUCCUCCGGGUUUCAUUACAGUCAUGGCUUCUGCCAUUCAGUCACAGAUUGCAGACUUUCGGUCGUUGGAAGGCCAAGAUAUGUACCCGGGCGAGAGGAUUGUGCCAAUUAAGCUUGAUCUUCGAGUGAACCAUACUCUUAUUAGGGACCAGUUUUUAUGGGACUUGAACAACUUUGAAAGUGAUCCUGAAGAGUUUGCUAAAACAUUCUGCGCAGAUUUAGGUAUUCAAGAUCCUGAAGUGGGGCCUGCAAUUGCCUUUUCAAUUAGGGAACAACUGUACGAGAUUGCAGUUCAAAGUGUAGCAUCAGCAAGAGAAAACAGAAUAAGCAAAAAGGGACGCCGAGGGGCUGAGUAUACUCCAGUCAGUAAAGCAGGUAGUACUGGAUUGGACCUGGUGAAGUUAUUCGGUCACAAAUCUAGUGUUGUUCGGAAAAGGAAGGAGUGGGACGUAUACGAACCCAUUGUUGAUCUUCUAUCUAGUGAGGAAGUGGAUGCCCUUCAAGCAAAAGAAGAAAGGCUUACUCGGUGA